UUUGAAGAACACGUUUCAGGGCUGCCAAUUUUCACUUAUUUUUACCGACAUGACAAUGUUGGCUAUUGUUCUUCCAAGUCCUAUUUUUGAAAUCGUGUACUCAGCUUUCGCUCACAAAUUAGGAGCUUUUUCGAAUGCGUUAGUCACUGAUACAAGAUCGCCACCGAUCACAUAUUAGAAAACACAAAUGCGUAAUGCUUUUGGAAGUCCCAACGCACCGGUUGAGGUUAUAAGUAACAGAACAACGCAUUUACACCUUUGCGAGAACAUACGUGUGUCCGCAUCCGCAUGCGCAAAAAGCACCGAAAUUAAGAAUUAAGCGUGAGGACUAUAGAUCAGACUUGUACCCACGUUUUCGGACGUACAAUCGUACACGUGACUGUACCGCGAACAGCCACGACUGCUUGACGUACUUGGUCUUUCACGUUUAAUAUGAAUGAUGAUCGGAGCUGAUUUUACCAUCUGGUAAACAAAUUUGAUCUAAUAAAGAAUGUUAAUACGACAAUUCAGGCAAACAACAAUAACAUUGAUCGAUGCAAUCGGUUUCCUCUGCUAUUGCAUCAGGCUUCAUAAUUCUUGUAUUUAACGGAGUUUAUUGGGUCACAGACAGAUUGGCUUCUUAUUUCCCAUUUGAUAAACUAAAGUAUUUUUGAAAGGUACUGUCACGUGGAUAUCUUCCGCGGUUACACUUCUGAGACAUAUAUACUCUGCAAAGGAUCUUAGAGUUUCAGUUUGUUGAGUUUUACUAGGCAGAAAUCUAGCUUUUGUUCAUUCUAUUCUACUAGUAAAACUAUUUGUUUAAGAACCCUUUAAAAAUCAAUAAUUGGCACUACUUAUGUUAUUUUUAUUGUCGCUGUACCAAAUUGUAUGUUUUUUGUACAGUUGAUACAUUUUUGUAUGUUAACAGUUUCAUAUCGUAGUCAUAAUGGUGAAACAAGUUUCUGGAGGAACACCAGCAGAGAUGCAAGGGUUGAAGCAAUCGGGGGAUGGAAAAAGUAACCAAAAGCAAUCCAAUCAGAAUAUUGGGAAAGUUCAAAUGAAGAAGCAGCUUGGAUUACUAGAAGGAGUUGCAAUCAUCCUUGGCAUUAUAUUUGGAUCGGGAAUCUUUGUAUCACCCAAGGGAGUAAUUCAAGAAGUAGGUAGUGUUGGAUUAUCUCUUAUAGUAUGGACACUUUGUGGUUUACUUUCAAUGGUCGGUGCCCUAUGCUACGCCGAAUUGGGAACUAGUAUACCACGAAGUGGUGGAGAUUAUGCAUACAUUUUUGAAGCCUUUGGAGCACUACCGGCAUUCCUUUAUCUCUGGGCUGCCAAUUUCAUUUUCGUACCUACAACAAAUGCUAUUAUGGGCUUAACAUUUGCUCAGUAUGUCUUACAACCGUUUUUUCCGAAUUGUUCCAUUCCUGUUGAUGCAAUAAGACUUCUUGCUGCUCUAACAAUAUGUUUUCUAACAUUUGUAAAUUGUUACGAUGUUAAGGAGACAUCAAAAAUGCAAAAUGUGUUCAUGUUUGCAAAAAUUGGAGCCCUGGUGGUUAUCAUAAUUGCAGGCUUGACAUGGUUGAUGUUAGGGCACACAGAGAAUUUUGAAAAUUCUUUCGAAGGUACAACUACGGAUUCUGGAAAAAUAGCCGUAGCUUUCUAUUCCGGCAUAUUUUCUUACUCAGGAUGGAAUUACUUGAAUUUCAUGACCGAAGAAUUGAAAAACCCAUAUGUGAAUUUACCGCGUGCUAUUUACAUAUCAUUGCCUUUAGUGACGCUUAUCUACGUACUAGCAAACAUCGCUUACUUGGCUGUUUUAACGCCAACUGAAAUGAUUUCAUCGGAAGCUAUUGCGGUUACAUUGGGUGAUCGGCUGCUUGGGGUAAUGUCUUGGACGAUACCCUUAAUGGUAGCUGUAUCUGCUUUUGGAGGUUUGAGCGUUCACAUAAUGACAUCCUCGAGAAUGUGUUUUGUUGGAGCAAGGAAUGGUCAUUUUCCAUCGAUACUUAGUCAUAUCAACAUCAAACGGUUCACUCCGACACCAGCUUUAGUAUUUCUGUGCAUCCUGUCCUUAAUCAUGCUUUGCGUCACCGAUGUGUUUGUACUAAUUACUUACUGCAGUAUUGUGGAAUCAUUCUUUAUCAUGAUUUCGGUUGCUGGUAUUCUGUGGCUUAGAUACAAGAAACCAAAUAUGGAUCGACCAAUUAAAGUUUCGUUGUGGGUGCCAAUUUUAUUUGUGGCCGUUUGCGCCUUUUUGGUAUUAGUACCUUGCUACAAGAGGCCAAUUGAAGUGGGUGUAGGUGCCAUUAUCACUUUAUCCGGCAUUCCUGCUUAUUUAGUAGGUGUAGCUUGGAAGGACAAACCACUCUGGUUCCGAAAGCUUAAUGCCAAGAUUACACACGUCGUUCAAAAAUUGUUCUUAUCGGCUAAGGAAGAACGCGAUAAUUGAAACGGUUGGUGGGGAAAUUACGUUUUUCUCGCAAUCUGCUGCUGGUUUUAAUUGCAUUCAUGUUUUUUUUCAUACUUUAGUGAGACGUGUACGAUCAUGCAUUACGAUUGAUUAAUAUCGCGCUUUUGCGCGGAAGUAUUUCUAUUCCCUCUUUUUUAUAUAAAUCCAAGAUGCCUUGUGUAUUCAUAUAUCUGGUUGGCAGUUAUAUUGCUGCAGAGAAAAUAUAAAUUCUUUCUAUAGUUAUGCUGAAUUAUAAGUGAUACACAUCUUGCCUUUUGGAAUAAAAAUUGUGAUACAAACGGUCAAAUAGAGAAACUUUAGAUGAAUAUUCACUUUGUAAGGGCAAAUCGUUAUCAUAAAGGCAAAGUUACAUUUUAAAGAAGAAGGUGCGAUUGGACUGCAAUCACAUACAAGGGGCAUUGAUAACACAUUUUUCGAAUCUCAAUAAUAGUCUAAAAGCAACUGGACAAUAUUGUUGUAAAUACUAUUAUUAAGGAGUGUAGUAAAGUUUUUUCUUUCUGAUUUUGAUUUCAAUUAUAAAGAGUGACUGAAUGUGAGAUAAAGUCUGAGUUUCGUUUGCAAGUAGAUCUUUUUAAACGCUGUAUUUAUAUAUUGUAAUAUAGUAUUAAUCAUAUAUUAAGGGCGACCAUUAUGUUUCUUGCUGAGUAUUUUUUAGCUAUAAAUGUGCUUCUUUUAAUAUAUUCACAAAGUAUAUUAUGUUAAUAUUAUCUGGGAAUUAAAUCCAGCUACGAUAAUUUCUGCAGUACUUUUGUUAAAUUAAUGUUUUCUGAUGACAGUAGGCAGUAAAAUAUGGUUUAGUAAUUUAAUAAAGUAUACCUUAUUCAUAA